UCCCAAUGGCCACGACGAGCUUGCUACAGUUGCCGUGUCACUAGUGCGAACGCGAUUUUCCAUUCCUGAAGUCAGCUCUGCUCGGUUGGAUUGUAUUCAGCGUUUUGGUUUGCGAAAAUUUAACGAAAAUGUGAAUUGACAUUCGCCGGCUGUGUUGCGUAUAGUGUUUAUGUGUGAAUAUAAGAAAUUAUUCUGUGCCAAUGCCAAAUGGUGGAUGUGAUUUACCAGCAGCCAAAGUUGGUGCAACAAAAAGGGCGAAAGUUUUAACUGUACACCGACCCAUCCACCUCUAAAGACUAUUCUUGAGGGUCUCGGCUGUGGCGAAAGUCGUCGCGUUGGACGCGUACAUCGUCACAGUGUGAUUGUAUUUGUAUAUUUCUCUAUCUCGUAUUUGUUGUGGAAAGUGUGCUGAAGAAAAACUGCCAUCACUAUGUAUAGUUCCAGCUGGCAGCAGCGGGUAUCCCGAUUCUUUAUCAUCCCACAGCGGGUGAUAUUAGCGAUCAUGGGCUUCCUGGCGAUCAUGAAUGCAUACACGAUGCGUAUCUCGCUGUCGAUCGCCAUCACGGAGAUGGUCAACAAAACGCACGGAGCGACCGAAGAGGACGGCGGCGUCUGUCCGAUCGACGAAAGUGCCAACCCGGAUGACUUCACCGGGGGCGAGUUCGAUUGGGACGAGGAGCUGCAGGGCAUCAUCUUAUCCUCGUUCUACUGGGGCUACGUCAUCACGCACAUCCCCGGCGGUAUGCUGGCGGAAAAGUUUGGCGGCAAGUGGACACUUAGUUUGGGUAUCCUCUCAACGGCCUUCUUCACACUGAUCACCCCGUGGGCAGUGGAGCUCGGUGGAUCUACGGCGCUGAUCGUGAUUCGUGUGAUGAUGGGACUGGGAGAGGGUACGACCUUCCCUGCGUUGAGCGCACUGAUGGCCACCUGGAUCCCGGCGAAAGAGCGUAGUAAGCUUGGUUCGCUUGUGUUUGGCGGUGGACAAGUGGGAACGAUUCUAGGCAACCUGCUAUCCGGCGUGUUGCUGCACAACAUUGAAGGCUGGUCGUCGGUGUUUUACUUCUUCGGUGGGCUGGGCGUCUUAUGGUUCGUGAUCUUUACAUUGCUGUGCUACAGUGAUCCAGAGUCUCAUCCGUUCAUCAGUGAAAAGGAAAAGGCUUACCUGAAGCAGGAACUGGGAACGUUGGAGCGUGAUCGUACACUGCCACCAACGCCAUGGCGCUAUAUCCUCACCAGUGUCCCUAUGAUGGCGCUGGUUUGCGCACAGAUCGGACAUGAUUGGGGUUUCUUCAUCAUGGUUACCGAUCUGCCCAAGUACAUGAGUGACGUGCUGCGGUUCUCCAUCAAGGAUAAUGGACUGUACUCCUCCCUACCCUAUCUGGUCAUGUGGAUCGUCUCGCUGUCCACUGGCGUUUUGAGCGAUUGGCUCAUUACCUCUGGACGUAUGACUAUCACCUUCGGACGCAAGCUAUUCACCACCAUUGCCUCAAUCGGUCCGGCCUGUUUCAUUGUCGGUGCGUCGUACGCCGGGUGUGAAAAGGCAGUCGUCGUCAUGCUGUUCACCUUCGCCAUGGGUCUUAUGGGUACGUUCUACCCCGGCAUGAAGGUCAAUCCGCUCGAUUUGAGUCCAAACUACGCUGGCACGCUGAUGGCCAUCACGAACGGUAUCGGCGCCAUUACCGGCAUCAUCGCACCGUACGUUGUCGGCGUAAUGACACCCAAUCACACACUGGAAGAAUGGCGCAUUGUGUUCUGGAUCUCGUUUGCCAUCUUCAACGUUACCAAUCUGGCAUACAUCAUCUGGGCGUCGGGUGAAGUGCAGCCCUGGAACACGCCCCAUCUGAUGAACAAAUCGGUCGAGGCGGGUGAAUCGAUUGACGUUCCGGCAAAUGCAAAGAAAAGCGUACAAUCUCUAGAGGCCAUAAAGCAGUAGAAGAGGAGCUAGCCCUGAGGCUCUCAGUGAUAGGCUAAUGAUCCCUUGCAGUUCACAGGACCUAUCAACCUGGAGUCUGCGUGAGUGAUAGUAGAGAAGUAGAGGAAAUUACUUUCAAAUAGUAAAAGCUUUUGAAAAGGAAGCAAUCGAAAGUUGAGAAAACCACACGCUGUAAGUCAACAAAAUAUGGCUUAUUUUAAAAAUUCCUUCUUUUAUAUAUGAGUACAAUGCCAUUGUGCUAAUGUACGGAUUGAUAGUUAAUCCGACCAUAGGCCACGCCACUGCUCUGCUGAAACGUGUAGGUUUAACAAAACCUCCCCCCCCCCCUCGAUGCUCAGUGCGAUAAUAUAUUGUUGUGUUGAAUUUAUUUAUACCACUUAUCAGCUUGAAUACGCGUUAGAAUUUACGAUAUAGGAGCAUGCAAGCAACUGAAACGGGUACACUAGAACAGCGAUGGAUUACGAUCGUACAUACCAUUGUACCAGUUGUACCUGCUACGUAGAUAGCAAUAGGUGCCAGGGAAAGCGAUCGAUAGCAAUCGAGAAUGAAAAGUAAUGGAGUGAUAAAUAAAGAUCAAAUCAAAAGGCUUUA